UGAAAAUUAUGGAGGUGCAGGCCCAAGUACUUCGAAUCAUCAACAAGAAAUCCAAGAAAGAACAGCGAAGGAAAAACGUGACAAGAAAAGUGUUUUCUCGACUCGAGAUGUUAGAAGGUGCUAAAUCAAUAGGUGCCGGAGCUGCUACAAUUGCUUUAGCCGGAGCUACUGUCGGUAUUGGAAAUGUCCUCAGUUCUUUGAUUCAUUCCGUGGCGCGAAAUCCAUCAUUGGCUAAACAAUCAUUUGGUUAUGCCAUUUUGGGCUUUGCUCUCACCGAAGCUAUUGCAUUGUUUGCCCCAAUGAUGGCCUUUCUGAUCUCAUUCGUUUUCCGAUCGCAUAAAAAGUCAUGAGA